AUUGAAUCAGAAAGUGAAAUUCGCUGGCAGAUUAGUUCUCAGAGAAAAUCGUAAGUAAUUUUUUCCAUUUUUCAAUGGAUUUAAUUCAAGACUACGAGCAACAGUACGCUGUUCUAACAGCGGAAGUAACCGCCCAGAUCGGUCGCCUAGGCUCAUCCUCCGCAGGCGAACGAAACAAACUGAUAGCGGAUAUCGAUCGGCAGCUGGAAGAAUCGCAGGAACUGCUGGAACAGAUUGGACUGGAGAUUCGUGACGUACCCCAGGCGAACCGGGCGGGAUACACAUCGCGGUUGAAUUGCUACCAGGCCGAAUGGAAGCGACUGCAGCAGGAAUUUAGCAAUGCGAAAACGACCCGGCCCACAGGUGCUGCUGGCUACGACUCGGUCGAUGAGUUUGAUGAGAUUGGUAUCCAGGAGGAUCAGAAGCGGAGACUGUUGGACAACAGCGAGCGGCUGGAACGGACUGGGAAUUAUCUGAAGGACAGCUACCGAGUAGUUCUGGAGACGGAACAGAUUGGGACGCAGGUGCUGCAGGAUCUGAGCGAACAGCGGGAAACGAUUCACAGGGCAAGGGGACGGCUACGUGAAACCGAUGCCGAGUUGGGACGAUCAUCGCGAUUGCUGAAUAACAUGCUGAUGCGAGCACUGAGGGAGAAAAUUGUACUUAUUUCCGUUGCUGUUGCGAUAUUCCUGGUGCUGUUUUUGAGUAUUUACUUCUCGAUUUCAUCCGAUUAGUAUUUUUUAGCUGAAAGCUACAGGCUACGCUUUUACUGUAUGAUGUGGUGUAAAGCCGGUAUA